AACGAACGGCAUUCGCUGCGCUUCCGUUGCCCAUGACACCGGAGCGAAGUUCUGACAGCUGAUUCUCCAAUCAGUUUAUAUCCACUCGGAGCUCCCAAAUAAUCACUUUUGAAGUUAUUUACAGUCGGACGUGCCUCCUUUCACCUCCGGUUGGAGUUGCAGACAGCGCCUUGAACAGAGGAGGGCGGCUGAUUAUGGUGUAGCAAGGAGCGCUAGCCCUGAGACAGCAGGCUUUUGAGCAGCAGUGCAGUGCGGCAGAGUGCAGCGUGGGGCAGACUGAGGCAGAUCACAACAGCUUAGCCAUGCUUACGUUGGCCAAUAAGCUGAAGAGGGAUGAUGGAGGAAAGACGGGCCGUGCCUCUGGAGCCUCCGACUCCACCCAUAGGGUCUCCAUCAGGGACCGCCUCCUUACCAAAGAAGUUGCAGAACUUGAAGCCAAUCUCCCUAGUACAUGCAAAGCCAAUUUCCCAGAUGAGGACAAGCUGCAUCAUUUUCAGCUGGCAGUGUCUCCUGAUGAGGGUUACUACCAAAGUGGAAAGUUUCAGUUUGAAAUAGAUGUCCCAGAAGCAUAUAACAUGGUGCCUCCUAAAGUGAGAUGUCUGACCAGAAUAUGGCAUCCCAACAUCACAGAGAAUGGAGAGAUCUGUUUGAGCUUAUUGCGGGAACACUCUAUUGAUGGCACAGGCUGGGCUCCCACUAGAACAUUAAAGGACGUUGUCUGGGGAUUGAACUCCUUGUUUACGGACCUGUUGAACUUUGAUGACCCUUUGAACAUUGAUGCAGCAGAACAUCAUCUGAGAGACAAGGAGGAUUUUCGGAAUAAGGUUCAAGAUUACAUCAAGCACUAUGCCAGAUGAUAGAAGCAUCGGCGACCUGCAUUAGCCUGCACCAACCAACCAAACUGCUCUACCUUGCCUCUGCUUAUCUUGGCCAACGUCCCCCCACGUGUGUGAAUCAACAGCUGACUCUUUGACUCUUACCACUCUCCUUCACAGCCCCACCCAUGCCCUGCUGUUCACCUGAUUGCAAUAAACUCCACAUUGCGGGAACGAAAUUAAAAAAGAAAAAAAAAUGAUGCAUUUAAAGAAAGACUUGCAUUCAAAAAAAAAUAUGCUUUAAUUAUCCUAAUCGAUUGAGUGUUACAAUGACCGCCAUGUCUGUUCAUUGUGACAAGGUUACUGUGUGACGCAGCCUCCGUGAGCUGUCCCUGAGCCUGUCGGAAUUGAGCCAUGGCAACGACUGGCAAAGGGUUCGAUGUGAUGAUUCACCGGCACAAAAAAAAUAAAUAAAUAGAAGGAAGACAUGUUCAGCUGUUAAAAUGUUGACGAAUCAAGAGAAAGAAUAUCUGUUGCUAUCAGUUCUCUGUUCCAGUGCCUGCUAUGUUUGUGUCGCUAAGGAGAAUAUGCAUGUGAGUUCACAAACACACACACACCCACACACACAAACACAGUGUCACAUCCUGUAGUGAAAGGUAAACAUACACACCGUACACUUGUCUAUUACUCACACACAAGUUGGAAAGCCCCCAGCCCCACUAGACAGCAUGUGAAUGACCACAUUGUCCCGUUCUGUUGUCAUUCUUCUUGCAUGUGCACACACACACACACACACACUUAGAUCCAGACCCUCUGUGCGUUUUCAGCUCCAGAGGGAUAAAGUGCGACUACUAAAACCGCAGCCAAAUGUAUUGUACUGUUUUCAGUGUCACCUCCUCUGUGCUCCAAGUCCUCCUCUCCUCACUGUCCUUUUUUGUUUUUCCUCCAUCCGUCUCUUGUUUCACACACACAGACACACAGUCGACCACAUGUACGUUUUCAAUGAGGAUGGAGAGGUUGAUUCAUACUUACAGUGCAGUCAUUAAGUACUGUGACAGUGACAUUUGUGUGUGCUCGCUCUCUGUAGGUUUGAAAUGAAACAGUGACUACAAGUUUAAAGGACUGAUUCAAAUUUAAUUUCAUGAGAGAUAAACGGUGUAGGAAUUAUAGCUAGUCGUGAUGAGAUUUAUCAUCUGCAGCUCCCCGCAGCUUUGUAGAGAAUAGUUUUCGUUCGUUUUGCUGUCCAGCCAACGGUUUAACUGUUUUGGUUCACUUCAUUAUUUAACUGUGUUGUUUUUGCAUGCAGCAGACCGAACAGCUGGCAGUCACAGUUUGCAGCUAGCUGAUGACACAGUUUGCAGCUAGCUGAUGAAAACAGCAGAGCAUUUAGCAGCUAAAGAGUUAGAUAUUUCCAUCAGGAGUGGAAUAAACCAAAAGCAGCUAAGCAAGAAUUAAUGUUGCACAUAUGUUUACCAGGUGGCCAGAAACAGGACUCGAAAUAAAUAAUAACGUUACUCUGUAACUACUGGAUGGUGUAAAUAAGCAGCUGCUAACAAGCCAACAGAAAUAUGUCAGUGUUGGUCAUAAAAAAUCCUUACAUGUAACAGAUCCUACACCAGGGAUACGCAACUUGCUUUGCCUGGGGGCCAAAUUUGCAAAUGAGAGGAGCUCAGGGGCCAGUUAAUGAACAAAAAUUACUAUUAUUUCUCAGAUGAAAUGAAUGAAUGAGGCAAAUAAAUUCAGUCACAGCAUCCCCGCAUAGAUUAGGUGUGCAUAGGGGUCUUUCUAGGAUUUGAGGACAGUGGGGAAUUCUCCCAGACCUCUGUUGGCAGAUGCACUUUAAAAAAAAAAA